AAAUGGUUUGUGACCAUGUUGGCGGAUCUUAAGAGGGCAUUUAUAAAAUAUUCAACAAAACUUGUUGAAAACACAAGACUACGUUUCAUGUGCAUGUCUUACACUUGCAUUUUUAUGACAAGAAGAAUGGAGAAAAACUUGAGGAACACUUGCAUUUUUAAAAGACUCAGUCGAUGGUGUUCUCUGAGCUGCAGAGAGGACUAAAACCAACACUCCAGGGUCUUCUUUUGGUGAAAGUAGAGGUCAAACACAGUUCGGUUUGUGGACGGUGCAUAGCUGGGGGAGUUAGGUCAAAUAUUUGCAAACAUCAGGAUGAAAUGUGUUGACAGAGAGAGUUCAAGUGAUUGAAUUUUAUUGUGUUGACUAUUUCUAGUAUAUUCACAAUCAUCAAAAGGGUCUUUUGUCGAAUGUCCUAAAAUUUCAAAGCUUCUUGAGUUUAGUUCAUACACAUGAGUAGAGACACGCAAUGGUGAAGCUUAUAUGUCAACUAGAGCUUUAAAAGGGGCUUAAGCAGGGCAAAGAGAGCUCUUUUCAUAGAAAGUAGGGUUCCCUAUAGUAUAUCGUGGUUCACCUUUCAGUGUCUCACUGAUUUUUUUCAGUGCGAUUUUUCAUCUUUUCUUUUGAAUUUUUUUGGAACGCACUAUGUUCCGCAUCAUGAUUGGCUAUUAACCUUGUAAAUGAAUCCCCUCCAUACUAUGUCUUAUUUUUGCAGCCUUAAAACAUCUGUAAUUCUUCUAUCAUGGAUUCUUUUUCAAAUGAUAAACCAGGAACACGGUAUACAACUCAAUUUUCAUGUGAUGUGAUUGAAACUUCUUAUUUUUCUCAUUGCUUAGGAUUUCUCCCUUUUAUUUUGGUGUCCCAAAUACUUUUUUGAAGCAAUUUACUUUUUUUUUUUUUCUAGCUACAUCACCCUUUUGAGUGUUUAGUAAAUUCACUCAUUGGUGGAGUUUAUAUUAAAGUUAGUAGAUCUAGAGUAUCUGCAGCUUUUUGCAAAUGUCAUGCAAAUGUAUGAAUGCAUAAUAUUUCAAUAAUCAUCAAAGAAACAUAAACAAAACAACUUUAUGAGCAUGUUAGAAAAUAAAUUCACCUCACUGUUUUGGGGAAAUGUUUAUGUAUUAUAUUAUAAUAUAAAAAAAAUAUGUCAAUAAUGUGUUUCUGUUCCACAUAGUGUAAUUAAAACAUUGAUUUACAGAUUAAAACCUGAGAUUUAACCAGCUCAAAAGUUACAUUUUGAGGCUUUGAGAAGAAAGCGGCUUUUUAUUUGAUGAAUCUUCUAUUAUGAUGAAUCUAAAUAUUUGUGUCUCCUGAAAACAGACCAUGACAGUGUUAGUUUGUUUCUUGCUAUCUGGGUUUCCAUGACUGCACAAUUUAGCUUUCUUUUUCUCAGAAAAUGUAUUAUUGGUUAGCAGAGCCAUUGGGCAGAAAGCCGCUCAUCUAACAUCUCAGCUUUGUGUGUUUUUCUCUAGAUGAUGGCCCUUAUGGAAAAACCAAGGACAUAUCUGGACCAGAACACACCAUGACCCUGAGGAGACACAGUAUACCAGAAGCUCUGCGGGGUGUGACCAUGGUGGAGCUGGUAAAGAAAGAAGGCAGCACCCUCGGGCUCACCAUCUCAGGAGGAACAGACAAGGACGGAAAGCCGCGAGUGUCUAACCUGCGACCCGGAGGGCUGGCAGCCAGGAGCGACCAGCUCAACGUUGGCGACUACAUCAAGUCAGUGAAUGGGAUCAAUCUCACCAAACUGCGGCACGAAGAGAUUAUUAGUUUACUAAAAAAUGUAGGAGAGAGGGUUCUUCUGGAGGUGGAGUAUGAACUGCCCCCGACAGCUCCAGACAGCACCUCAGGAGUUAUUUCAAAGACAAUCGACAUCUGUUUGCACAAAGAAGGAAACAGCUUUGGUUUUGUCAUGAGAGGUGGAACACAUGAAGACUGGCAUAAGUCACGUCCCUUAGUUGUUACCUACGUCAGGCCUGGAGGUCCCGCAGACAGAGAGGGGACGCUGCGUCCUGGGGACCGGCUUCUCAGUGUCGAUGGCGUGCCCUUACACAACGCCGGCCACAGCGAAGCCCUCAGCGUGCUGGGGCAGUGCAGCCAGGAAGCCCUGUUCCAGAUCGAGUAUGACGUCACAAUUAUGGGCACAGUGACAAACGCCUCUGGUCCGCUGCUGGUGGAGAUCGUCAAAUCUCCCGGGGCAACACUGGGCAUCACGCUCACAUCUGCGAGCCACCGCAACAAACAGGUCAUAGUCAUCGACCGAGUCAAGCCAGGCAGCGUGGUGGACAGAUGUGGAGCUCUUCAUCCAGGAGAUCACCUGCUGUCCAUAGAUGGGACGUCAACAGAGCACUGCACAGUCCUGGAAGCCACACAGCUGUUAGCAAGCACAACGGAACUGGUCAAGCUGGAAAUACUCCCCUCCCAUCAAACAAGGCUGACGGGAAAACAGCACGAUACAGUGAAGGUCCAGAAGUCAGACCAUCCCCACUCCUGGGACCCGUGUGUGAACUUCUGUCCCCCUCCAAACUCCACCCUCUGUAGCACAAGCUCCACCCUCAACAAGUCGUGGACUCCCUCCAACAACAACACAAUCAACAGCCUGGACUACUGCAAGUCUCUGGUUUCUGCCAGCUUCUCUCCAGGCUCUACAACCACGUCAGGGCCCAGCAGCCAGAGUUCCAACACGCUGCCGAGACCCACAGUUCCUAUGAGUCCUCGUAACUCUCUGCUCAAACGACGGCAGAGGAAGAAGGAGCACAAGAGCUCCUUGUCCCUCGCAUCCAGUUCAGUGGGUCCGGGUGGUCAGGUGGUUCAUGUUGAGACCAGCGAGGUCAUCCUAACAGGGGAUCCCCUCAAUGGUUUCGGCGUGCAGCUCCAAGGAGGAAUAUUCGCCACAGAGACACUGUCUGCACCGCCACUUAUCCGAUUCAUAGAGCCGGACAGUUCAGCAGAGAGGUGUGGCCUGCUGCAGGUCGGAGACCGCCUCCUGUCCAUCAACGGGAUCCCCACAGAAGACGGGACGCUGGAGGAAGCCAAUCAGCUUCUCCGAGACGCGGCUCUGACCAACAAGGUGGUGCUGGAGGUGGAAUUUGAUGUAGCAGAAUCCGUGGUGCCUAGUAGUGGUACCUUCCAUGUCAAGUUACCCAAGAAGAGAGGGGUGGAGCUGGGCAUCACCAUCAGUGCCAGUAAAAAGCCGGGGGAGUCGCUCAUCAUUUCUGACAUCAGGAAGGGCAGCAUGGCUCACAGAACAGGAACGCUGGAGCCCGGAGAUAAGCUGCUGGCCAUCGACAACAUCCGGCUGGAGAACUGCACUAGAGAGGACGCCGAGCAGAUCCUCCAGCAGUGUGAGGAGCUGGUCAAGCUAAAGAUACGCAAAGAUGAAGACAAUUCAGACGAGCAGGAGACGUCAGGCAGCAUCAUCUACACUGUGGAACUAAAGAGGUAUGGAGGCCCUCUUGGUAUCACCAUCUCAGGCACCGAGGAGCCUUUUGACCCCAUCACCAUAUCAGGCCUGACCAAGAGAGGCCUGGCAGAGAGGACAGGGGCGAUUCAUGUUGGUGACCGGAUCUUAGCCAUCAACAGUGUGAGUCUGAAAGGAAAACCGCUGAGUGAAGCCAUCCAUCUACUGCAGAUGGCUGGAGAGACCGUCACCCUCAAGAUAAAGAAACAGCUGGACAAUUUAGAGGAGAGGAAGGCAGCAGAGGCAGAGGACACAACCGAGAAUGAGGUCAGCGACCCAGAGGAGGACGAUUUGACAGACAGCCAACAGACCAACAAGCUGUCAGAGCUGUACUCCACAACCAUACCCAGCGUGGACUCCGCCAUGGAGUCGUGGGAUGGUUCUGGAUUGGAUGCAGGCUAUGGCAGCCAGGGUACUUACAGUCAUCAAGCUGCCGGCAUCGCACUUCACCCGCAUGAAUGGCGCAGUGUCAGGCAGCAGCAGCAGCGCAGUACAACCCCUCCUCUGAGUCAAAGAAAGAACUACCCGUUCAGCGAUGGAGGCUUCAGCGAGGACGACUGGGACAAACCACCUGGGUUUAUUGGACACCAACCGGAUGGUAUUCUGUUGGAUCCAGACGACAGCUUCUGGUGUCAGGCUCUGGAGGACCUGGAGACCUGUGGGCAGUCUGAGCUUCUCAGAGAGAUAGAGGCGUCCAUCAUGACAGGAACAGCCAUUAGUCUAGGAGUAGACGGCGUUCCCAAACCUGCAGUGGAGCCCAUACUGAGCCGCAGCAGGAUGAGUCCACUGCGGAGAAACUCUCUGCUUCAUCAGGGAAACCUGCUGCACCAGAGCGCACAUCUCCAUCAAGGGAUCCACCUGCCAGAGGAAUCCCUCCUACACCAAGAUCCCCACUUCCACCAGGGUGAGGCCCUGAAGAACACAAGACGGCUGUUUCUUCCCGUUUCACUGACUGAGAAGACAAAAGACUCAAAGGAGAGUGAAAUACUUUGUCAAAGCUGUGAACUCUUUCCAGACGCCCACCUACACGAUGAGGUGCUUUUCAACCAGGAGGGACAUCUGCACCCGGGGGCCCACCUCCACGAAGAAAACCAGUCCCCUGUUCUGCACCACGAGCCCAAAGCCAAGGCUUCACUGAGAGUAUCGGAGAGAACGUGGGAGUCUCGGCGCAUCAAAGAAGAAAUGCAGGGAAUUCUCUCUCCAACGCCUCUGGAGCUGCACAAAGUGACUGUGAUAAAGGACCCCGAGAGCGAUGACUUUGGCUUCAGCGUUUCUGACGGCUUCUUAGAGAAAGGCGUUUAUGUGAACAUGGUCAGACCCGAGGGCCCUGCCGACAGAUCAGGGCUUCGAUCUUUUGACAGAAUCCUGCAGGUGAAUCACGUAAGAACGAGAGACUUUGACUGCUGUCUGGCAGUACCACUCAUCACAGAGGCUGGAGACAGACUAGAGCUGGUCAUCAGCCGGAACCCUCUAGCCCACGAUGACCCGGAAAACAACAACAACACGUUGGAUCACCCCCUGGAUCUGUGACGCACACAGAUGUGGACGAAUAUCCCCACAAACACACUCAUACUGCCUUCGCUCAGGCACGAAACAUGGUAAAUAAUUAACUACAAACAAACACUCCAACCGGUCCAAGAAUAUACAAACAGGUUUGCAAUAAUUUAUAUUGUACAGGGACUCCUUCUAGAACACAGAUAUACACCUUUGCAUGCUGUCGCCCAUUUACAUCAAGAUGUACUGUCGUGCAGUAGUUUUUCUUUAGAAAUAUUACAUCACUGAGGGGAAAAAAUAACAAAGCUUUUCUAGCAGGAGGUUUGAUCCCAGCAAAUCAUUGUGACCUUGCAUGAUGUUUUUGGAAGCACUUUAACCAAUUUUUACUUUAUUUUUUUUUUUACAAAAUUGAAAAGAACUUAUUGGGUUUCUUCAUUUUGCAAGAAUCUACUGUGCUGUUGACAUUUGGGUAAUCUGCCUUACACAAUCCAGUAGAUGUUUGUAGAACAUGUAGGUUUGUAAAACGUCAGUUCGAAGGUGCCAUUUGUCUUCUAGAAGAUGAAGACAAACAUUUAAAGGGAAUGGUUAUAUUGACGUCUAUAAAGUUGGUGUUUCUGCUCACAGAGGCUGUGGGAAAAACAAGGCAGUAACACCACUGCUUUUCUCCCUGUCCCCAUAGCAACCCUAAAAUCUUAAGGAUUUGUGCCAUCAGCAGAGAUAGCAACAAAACAAUUAAAAUUGCAUUUUAAAUGGUUAUUAUUUUUCUACGCAAGAGGUGGGUGGAUGUUAAUGUUAAAGGUGCCAUUUACAAAACUGUGUUGCCAACAAGAACACUUCUAUCUGCAGCAUUAGAGAAGUUGCCAACUGUUUUGGUGCCAAAAACUGAUAUAAAUUGGUUACUUUUGAGAAUGUGGAUUUUUUUUUUAUUUGCAGCUUUAAUUUUCGUGCCUAUUCACAUUAUAUCUCACUAAUGGUGACUUUUAAGAUACCCCCCAAAAAUAUUCUUAAAGGUUUUCACUUUGCUCAUAGGAAUGUCAGGGUCUUGCUCAGUGUGUUAGUCUAAAGAAACUUCACAGUUAAUGUAAAAAAAUACCUGUUCAAAAAGUUUCCAAAGGAAAACAUGUUUUUUAAUUUAAUUGAUUUACUUUUAUAUAAGUCCUAUGGAGAUUACAAAUCUCUUUUUCAAAGGAGGACUAAUUUGUUUAAAUUAGUAGAAUUGUUUUUAAAUUGUAUCAAAGCAGCCCAACUUUACCUGAAUUUGGGUAAUAAUUCACUCCUUAACUAGCUAGCUAUGAGCUAUUGCUAAAACUAGCUUGGGGGCCAUAUUGGCUAUAAAUUUUAACUUAAUGGAAGUUUAACAUUUUAGCAGCCAGACAGUCAGAUUCUCACUGUUCCCUUCACUUAGUCACUGAAUACUGCUAACAUGUCUCUUUUAAAGUACUUUUUUUUUGUUUUAAAUCCUAGGAACUUGCAAGGAAAUAUCUGCACACCAGGGUAUAUGAGAGCAUCAACAAAUGCUCAGAGACAUUUAGGUUUAGGAAGUACGGUAAGAUUUAUGUGGGAAUAUUACUCCAACAGCUACAAGCAGGUGAGAUACAGCUCUAACGUGUCUCCAUUUUACAAUAAAAAAAAACACUUGAUGUU